CGAGCCGGGGCGGAGGGAGGGGUGGAGGAAGCCGCCCCGCGGCCCAGUAACUGGGCGCCUCGGGGUACUGCUUCAGCACCUCAUCUGCCUGUGGUCUCCGCUGAGAGGAAUCUUAGUUCUAGAGCCGACCUGAGCAGUCAGCUCGCUCCCAGAGAUUUUUGAGAGAUAGUUCCCAACAGACGGCAUUGCCUCCUAAUGCUUCUCGAAGCUUAGGAUUUCAGAGGGAAACUUGUUCAUAAAAUGAGAAGUGUUUGGAGUUGCCGGCUCACCACAGUUGCCUGUGGCGAAGGGCUGGGGGAAUAUAAGGGAAUGGGCGGUUUGUUUUCCUGGGCGUGAAAUUUCCUGCACUUACUUAGCAUGGGACCACCCUACAGCAUUCUGUGUUCAGUCUUCUCCCAGUUUGGCCUUCUGUAUUCGGUCCGAGUCUUCCCAAACGCAGCAGUGGCCGGUCCUGGCAUCAUCAAGUUUUAUUAAGCAAGGGAUGCCCACAGAGCCCAAAAGGCAUGCGACCAGAAGCAGCUUUUCCAGACAUCUCCAGUGAAGGUUCGUCUCGGCACCAGACAUAAGGCGGUUCAACAUAAUACGCCUGCCCUAAACAGCUCCAGAUGCCAAGAAUUGGCAAAUUACUACUUUGGUUUCAAUGGGUGGUCAAAAAGGAUCAUCAAGGGUCAUUAUCAUUCCUUAUGAAAAGGAAGGUAACCCAGAAGCUUACUAUUCAGAAGGCUAUGACAGAUGCAUUCCAGAAACUGCUGAUUGUGGUUUUAGAAAUUUCCAAGGAAACUCUAUUUCUUACCUUGAUGAAAGUAUAUGGAAGGCAUACCGCUGGGCUGAGAAGCUAAAUCUCAGUGAAAAUUAUUUGACUGAAUUACAUAAGGACUCAUUUGAAGGCUUGCUAUCCCUCCAAUAUUUAGAUUUAUCCUGCAAUAAAAUACAGUCUAUCGAAAGACGUACAUUUGAACCACUACCUUUUUUGCAGUUUAUAAAUCUUGGUUGCAAUUUACUCACAGAACUGAGCUUUGGAACGUUUCAGGCCUGGCAUGGAAUACAGUUUUUACACAAGUCAAUUCUCAGUCAUAAUCCUUCGACAACAGUUGAAGAUUCUCAUCUUUUUAAAUUGCCAGCAUUAAAAUAUUUAGACAUGGGAACAACACAAGUGUCACUUACAACAAUUGAAAGCAUCCUCAUGAUGACCCAUGAAUUGGAAAAACUGAUCUUACCUAGCCGUAUGGGCUGCUGCCUCUGCCAAUUUAAAGAUAGUAUUGAGGUUGCCUGUAAGACAGUCAAGCUGCGUUGUGACAGUGAAUGCCUGACAGACGUGACACCUUGUGGUCAGUACUUUUCUGCAUCAUUUCCAGGGCCCCUGAUUAACCGGGAAGGUUCCCUGACCGCUGGUGGUGAAAGUGAUGAUGAAAGCAACCAAGGAAGCCCAGCAGAAGCCUAUUAUGGGGCUGGGGGUAAGCAAAGGAAGUGAACUGUUUCAGUCGUCUCAUCCUGUAGCUCCUGCUUGAGAAUACGAGCUGAAGAGGAGAUAAGAUGGACCUGCCACUGAAUUAGGACCUUAAUCUGUAGCACCCCCUCCCCAAGUUACUAACCCCUGUUAGAAGAGGGAAUACGUAUACCUCUCUAAAUGUAAAUAAAGCAACCAAAAGAAUUAGAGGUUCAUCUGCAUUAACAAGCUUCUUUGAGAGUGCAAAUAUUUCCAGUCUUAACUCUCUCAAUAACUUACAUAUUACUGUGGAGUUUUUACAUCACUAGUUCUUUCUUAAAUGUCUAUUUCCAUUUUGAACAGUGUGUAGUAUAUAAAUA